UACGGUCCCCGAGUCCUAGCCUUGACGCACGCGCACAUGCUCACAUUGCAAAGGAACCUCCACAGCAGCUGAGACACGAGAGACAAUGACACAGGCCGCAGACUCGAUCCUGCACAGCGGUUACUUCCACCCCACUCUAAGACACUGGCAGACAUGUGCAGCGGACCUCAGACCUGAUAACCUCAUCUACCCCAUCUUUAUCACUGACAAUCCUGAUGCAGUGGAACAUAUUGCAAGUUUACCAGGUCAAGCAAGAUAUGGCGUGAAUAAGCUUGAGGGAAUGCUGCGCCCGCUUGUGAAGGAAGGCUUGAAAUGUGUGCUGAUUUUUGGCGUCCCUACCAAAAUAACAAAAGAUGAGAGAGGAUCUGCUGCUGACACUGCUGAUACCCCCGCUGUGCAGGCUGUGAAGAAGCUCCGAGCCCUGUUCCCUAAUCUGCUGCUCGCUUGUGACGUCUGUCUCUGUCCUUACACCUCACACGGACACUGUGGGAUUCUGCGUGAAGAUGGCACCCUGGAUAAUGCAGCGAGCUGCAGAAGACUGGCAGAGGUGGCACUGGCUUAUGCAAAGGCUGGUUGCAACAUCAUCGCUCCAUCUGAUAUGAUGGAUGGACGAGUAGCAGCCAUUAAGCAAGCGCUGAUAUCCAGUGAUCUUGGAAACAAGGUUUCUGUUCUGAGCUACAGUGCUAAGUUUGCCUCGUGCUAUUAUGGACCGUUCAGAGAUGCCGCCCAGUCCAAACCAGCCUUUGGAGACAGGAGAUGCUAUCAGCUGCCCCCUGGUGCCCGUGGAUUAGCACUGCGAGCUUGUGAUCGGGAUGUAAAAGAGGGAGCCGAUAUGCUGAUGGUGAAGCCAGGACUGCCUUACCUUGAUAUUAUAAGAGAGGUUAAAGAUAAGCACCCCUGUCACCCUCUGGCGGUGUACAAUGUGUCUGGAGAGUACGCUAUGUUAUGGCACGGAGCACAGGCAGGAGCUUUUGACCUGCGAACAGCUGUCCUAGAAGCCAUGACCGCCUUCCGUCGGGCAGGAGCAGACAUCAUCAUCACUUACUACACUCCUCAGCUGCUAACAUGGCUAACAGACUAAGCCAGUCUGAUCUUAUGCAUUGUUACUGACCUGUGAUAAACUUCUUCAAAUCAUCACAGACCAAGAAGUUGCCGGGUUAGGUUUAAAUCCUGUAAUGUAAGAGAUAAUCAUUUCUGAGUUUGGUGCUGGGUCCAUCUGUUGAUGUAAUACAAGCUGUAUAAAUAGGUUUACUAAUCUGCUAAUCAUCUAACAAUUCCAAGAUACACUUGUUUAAAUCUUUAUAUUUUGGAAUAAAUAUACAAGUAUGAUUAACAA